AAAGAUGAAGACGAGGAAGAAGAGGAGGAGGAGGAGGAGGAGGAGGAAAUCGACGUGGUCACCGUGGAAAAGAGGCGCUCUUCCUCUUCCUACAAGGCUAUCACCACCCUGACCAUUGCAAUGCGCCCCAAGAACGGCACCGCCUUUGCCUCGGUGAGAACUCAGCCCAGCGAAGUCAUCUUAAAGCGCUGCGCCCCCAUCCACCAGCAGCACAACUACGCGGCGCCUUCCCCGUAUAUCGAGAGGGAAGAUGUGCCCCUGCCCAAAAAGCUGAGAAACGAAGCGGCGCCUCGUCCAGCCAAGCCAGCGACCCAACCAAAGCCCAAGAGCUCCAGCCCUCGCAAUUCGGAUUCGGAAGACAGCGAGCGCCGACGCAACCACAACAUUUUGGAACGGCAGCGGCGUAACGAUCUGCGGUCGAGCUUUCUGACGUUAAGGGACCACGUGCCCGAACUGGUGAAAAACGAGAAGGCCGCCAAAGUGGUCAUCUUGAAAAAGGCCACCGAGUAUGUCCAUUCCCUGCAGGCUGAGGAGCACAACUUGUUGUUGGAAAAGGAAAAACUCCAAAUCAGGCAACAGCAGUUGAUAAAAAAAUUGGAACACAUGCAGACUUGCUAAUGUGGGGGGGCAGGGGGGUUGGAAAGCAAAUAAAACAAACACCUGACCUUUUAUAUAUUUGUCUGACCUGGACAGCUAUUGCCACUUUGCACAUUUUUGAUUCCUUAAAGAGAGCUAUGUUUUGUUUUGUUUUUUUUGACGUUAAGAAUGUUGGUUUUAUUUUCAAUCCCGUCUCUUGCGUAAUUGACACCACCUUGUUGUUAUACCUGAAGAGGAGAUCAAAUGGGGGGUCCUCCUCCUCUGGAAUUGGAGAGACUGCCAAAAACCAUGGUGGAAUGGCUUUCACAUGUUUCAUCUUGGAACUGUUGUCCUUGCAAUGUUGUGAGCGUUGAGACUUGCUUAUGACAUCCAGUUGAGUUGGAAACAUUCAUUCCAUUUUAAUGGUGCUUUAUGUUUUACAGGUGUUAUGGGGGCAAAACCAUGUUAUACCCAGGGGGAAGGGAAACCGCCUGUGUAAAUACCAUAUACACGUUUGCCUUUUGUACACGUCUUGGGUUAUGAGAGGUGACUUUUGCUACCAAUAUUAGACUGGAAGUUCAUACCUAAGUACUGUAAUACCUCAAUGUUUGAGGAGCAUGUUUUUUGUAUACAAAUAUAUUGUUAAUCUCUGUUAUGUACUGUACUAAUUCUUACACUGCCUGUAUACUUUAGUAUGAUCCUGAUACAUAACUAAAUUUGAUACUUAUAUUUUCGUAUGAAAAUGGUUGUGGAAAGUUUUGAGUAGAUAUUACUUUAUCACUUUUUUGGACUAAGAAAACUUUUGUAAAGAAAUUUACUAUAUAUGCCUUUUUUUUCCUAGCCUGUUUCUUCCAGUUAAUGUAUUUGUUAAUGUUUGUUGCAUAGAACUGGGUAAUUGCAAAGUUCUGUGUUUAAUUUCUUCCAACGAUGUACAUUUAGUGCUGCAUCUUUAUA